UUUACGAGCUGCUGAACAUUUACAAAGUACAGGGGAAGGAGAGUCAAACCGUGGUUCCCAGUGGAACAGACCGACAGGACCGGUGAAAAAAGACGGCUGUCGAUCACGGGUGUCAAACUCAUUUAGGUUCAGAGUCCACAUACGGCCCGGAUCAGAUGUCACGUGGGCCGGACCAGAACAAUCAAAACAUAAUUAUCUUUAAACAGCAGUAAGUCCAACGAGAAGAUCAGCAAAUUUUCAGAUUUGAUGAACUAUAAUUUAACAAAACAGGUUUUUUUAUUUACUUUUUUUAUUGACAUUCAGCCACAUAUGAAACAUAAACAUCAAUUUUAAUGAUUUGGAAAGGAUGUGUUUUUUUAAAUAAAAACAAAAACCAACAAAUCCUUAAAAACACACAGGAAGUGAGGUCUAAAUUAAACAGAGUAAAGAUCUGACCUGCCUGGUGUUAUGUAUUCUAUCCUAUUGCCUGCCACGUUUGGGCAUUUUUUUCACUUUCAAAAUUCACUGUGCGGGCUAGAUUUAACCCCUUGGCGGGCCUGUUUUGGCCAGCAGGCCAUAUAUUUGACACCCCUGCUGUAGAUACUGAGAUGUCGAUUCAGUUUGGGUUUUUCUUUCUUUUUUCAAUCUUUUCAUUAAAUUUACUGAAUAUAAGCAGCUGUAACACAGGAGGAGAACGAGGCUCACAUGUUCUUCGAACCUUUGUUUUCACUUAUUUGUCAUAAUUUCAUAAAUACUACAGAGAACGUUCAACUGCUGACGUCGAAAAAUCUAAUUUUUGAAGAUUCAUUUAUCUUUCCUCCAAGUCUGAAAAUGUAAGAGUCAUGUGACAUUUCUCCCACGACAGACGACUGAUCUGACGUUAAUGACAGGAUGUCACUUUAUCUCACAGUUCAGGUCUGGAUUUGCUCACAAAAAUGCUCACAGAUCUGUCUCCAACAUGUAAAAGUUCUUAAAAUAAAAUCACUGAUCUGUUUAAAAUAUGUUUAGAAUUUAAAAUGUUGUAUGAAAAAGAAGUCAGAGCACUAAAAAGAAAAAAACUUUUUCCAUGUUUCCAUGGAUUAAAGGGAUGCAAUCAACCCUUCUGGGGCAGGGGGCGCUGGGGUCAAUCCCUGCAGACAUGAAGUUCUGAUUGUUGUCCAGAGUGGACUCAGUAACAACACUGAAACAACAAACUUCUGCCGAUGACAUCAUCAAACAUCAGCCCAGCUUCAGUGUGAGUUAAAAGACCAGCUCCUGUGGAGGAGCUCACUCCAGUCCAGGAGGAGGAGGAGGAGGAGGAGGAGGAGAAGACAGGUAACUGUAGCCUCCACUGAGAUCUACAGAUGUGUCUGGGCUUUGAUCCAGUGAUCUUCUUGGUUCCAUGAAACUAUUUUCUGACUUUUGCCUCCCAGUUUUAACCCAUUACUGCAGUUUAUAAAGUAUAUAUAAUAUAUUUACAUUUUUCUUCUUCUUCUUCUCAGAGUCCAGUCCACAGAUGGACAACACCACAGCUCUCACGUUCAUAAUGACCGCGUACACGGCUAUGGAGAACUACAAACACUGGAUGUUCUGUGUGUUCCUCCUGCUGUAUGUCAUUACUGUUUUCCUGAAUGUUCUGCUCAUUACAGUCAUACACCAGAACAAAAAGCUGCAUCAGCCCAUGAACGUCUUCUCCUGCGCUCUGUCUCUGAAUGAGCUGUACGGCAGCACCGCCCUGCUGCCCACCAUCAUGGCUCUGCUCCUGUCCCAGACCUAUGAAAUGACCGUCAGGUGGUGCAUGAUGCAGGUGUUCUUCCUGCACACGUACGCAGCCGCGGAGUUGUGCAUAUUAGCUGUGAUGGGCUACGACAGGUACAUCGCCAUCUGUAAACCUCUGCAUUACCACGGCCUCAUGUCCAACUCCAGGGCGGCCAUGAUCAGCGCGUUAGCAGCCGUUUACCCCAUGUUAGUCUUCGGGAGCUUCUUCUCACUGACUGUGCAGAUCAGCAUCUGUGGAAAUGAGCUGCACAAGUUGUACUGUGUGAACAUGGAGCUGGUGAAAAACUCCUGUUCGUCCUUCUCAUACAUUAGUAACGUGGGCCUGCUGCUGCUGCUGAUCCUGGUGGUGCCUCAGCCGGUCAUGAUUGUUUUCUCUUAUGUUAGGAUUUUAAAAGUGUGCAGGAAACUGUCGCGGGAGUCUCAACGCAAUGCCCUGAAAACCUGCCUGCCACACCUGCUGUCCCUGUUGAACUACACCAUCGGUUCCACCUUUGAGAUUCUCCAAACCCGGUUCAACACAACACACGUCCCCAUAGAAGCACGCAUUUUCCUGUCCCUGUACUUUCUCGUUACUCCCCCCAUCGUUAACCCGGUGCUGUACGGACUGGGCACUAAGCUGGUCAGAGACCACAUCCUCAAACUGUUCAUCAGAUACAAAGUCCUGACCACACUGAUAGCCAAAGCUUUAGUAUAAAACUGUUCGUGCCCCGCAGUGACCCUCGGUUAUUUUUAGCCUCCCCCUCAGAAUUUGAAAUAAAGAUAUUUUUAAUAAAACUGUUAAUGAAGUCCUUAAGUGUAGUAGUGUGUACUGACAGCUGUCCAGCUGAUGUUGAUGAUAAUGACUGUGUCUGUGUUCAGUAGUAACCACAGACAGUAACAGGUUGAUUUAACACAGCUGUUUCUGUUCAUGAUGCUUUUCUGUCUCCAUUUCUGCACAACUAUCUAGCAUCGUCUCUCAUACUUUUUUCAGAUUUUUAUUGUCAGAUAUUACUAUAAAAUAUACUACCUGCCCCAUGUGUUUUACUGCAAAUAUAAAAUUUCAAAUCACAAUAUUAAAUAGGAAUGUUUUGUACCUCAUUACCCGCCUUCAACUCUGACUCUCCUGGACUGUACUGGGUGUUUUUCCUAUCACAUUGGAGUAUCUGUGUUUUUAUUAUUGUUGUA